ACCCUAGUUCAGUCGGAGGGGAGGGAGCUUUGUUAGCAAUCUCACCUCCCAGCUUUAACCCCGCGAUCCCGGGAGAUGAGGUGGGGUCGCCUCGCCCAUGCCCACUGCCUCGGCUCCUAAGUCCCUCAGGUCUGGAUGGACUGACAGCGGCGGGGCUGUCACAAGCCCCUUCCCAGACCCCGGGCUCGGGCUAACCCGAUGGCCUGUCAGUGGAGCGCGGAUUGGAUUGGGAGAGGGCGGAGCGAGAGGCCGUGACGCGGCCGUUGCCGUGGAAACCGGCCGCCCUCCCCGGCAAAGCCGCUGGAGCCCCAGGCCGGAGCCCGAGCAGAUCCCGAGCCGCAGCUCUCCGCAGCGGGGUUCUGCGGACGCGGCCCACGGAGGAGCGGUAACCAGCAUCCGCCCGGCCCCAGGGAGACGGGGAGAGGCUUCGAGGAGGGGGAGCGGGAGCAGCAGGAAGCCCCGGGGCACGUGCUCCUUCUGCACCGGGCCCUCUUGGGUCCGGGGCCACGCGCCAUGAGCCGAGGCCCCGGAGCCUCCGCCGCCCGCUGCGCGGGGCCCGGGGCUCGGAGCUCUCAGCCUGCCGGGGCCGCGGCCGGGACCCCGCCCGCUCGAGUCAGACCGCAGCGCCGCCUCUAGCCCGGCAGCGGAGCCCCGGGCUGGGGCCCGCAGGCACGGAGCGCCCUAUUCGCCGCGCGCCCCCGCGCCCAGCCGGGUGCCCGGCUCCUCGCCCCCGGCGCCCUCAGCGGCCCGGCCCCGCGGCGGCGACCAUGCUGCCCAGCUCCAUCCAGAUCUCCGGGGAGCCGCUGUCGAGCGCUGAGGUGCGGGACAUCUGCCGUGGCCUGCGGGACAACGCCGUGCGCCUGCUGUCCCUGCGCGGCUGCCGCCUCUGCGACCGAGACUUCGCCCGCAUCUGCCGCGCCCUAGCCGGAGCCUCGUCCCUGGCGCAGCUGAACCUCAAUCUGGGCGUCGUGUCCAGCCCCGGGCGCGUCAAGCAGCUGGCCGAGGCCCUCAGGGUCAACCGCUCCGUGCAGUCCCUCUUCCUUCAUGGGAGCCCCCUGACAGAUGCUGGAUUGGCCCUGCUCAACCCCGCCCUGGCCCUGCACCCUGCCCUCGUGGCCCUAGACUUGGGGGACUGCAUGCUGGGGGAUGAAGCCAUCAACCUCAUCUGUGGUCUCCUGCCCCCUGAUGGGGCUAAGUCAGGCCUUAAGGAGCUGACCCUGAGUGCCAACCCAGGAAUCACCCCCAAGGGCUGGAGCAGACUUGCCAUCGCUGUGGCCCACAGCUCCCAGGUCCGAGUCCUCAAUCUGGACUACAACCCCCUGGGUGACCAUGUGGCAGGGAUGCUGGCUGUGGCUGUGGCCUCCAGCCGCACCCUCGAGGUCCUGGAUCUGGAGGGGACUGGGCUUACCAACCAGUCAGCCCAGACGCUGCUGGACAUGGUGGAGAACUAUCCCACAGCUUUGCGGAGCCUGGUGUUAACUGAGAACAGCAUCAGCCCGGAGCUGCAGCAGCAGAUCUGUGACCUGCUCUCGGAGGGCGAGGAGGAGGAGGAGGCGGCUGCGGGGGGAGAUAGCGGCCGGCUCCAGGAGAGGGAGCGAGAUGGGGAACUCAGUGCUCGCCAGAGGGGCGGGUCCUGGAUCUGCCCCAGCGAUCCUGGCUCGCAGAUGGUGCUGAUGACGUCAGGGCUGGGAGAGAGCCUGCUGGCUGAGACUGAGAUGUGAACCCUGCCCCCGCCUCCGCGGCCCGCGUGUGUGCGCCCUCCCGUGGGGAGCAGGGCAGAGCCCGGGGGUCUCGGGGGGCGGCGCCCGGGGCCCCGGCGGUCCCCGGCUGCGGGUGGGCAGGCGGGUGGCGCUGGCAGCUGCGACUGACUAAAUGGCCCUGGGCGGCCCUUGUUCCCGGGCGGUGCCCCGGCUGGCGCCCGCUGGCUCGGUAGAUUUUAUAAACUCCACAACCUGG